GCAAAACAACGCAUAAAUAUUUAAUAUUUGUAAUUUGGGUCAACAUACAUGGAGGAUAUUUAUAAACAGUAUUAUGUGAAAGGUUCAAGAGUAUGGAUGGGAUCAAUGUUGACGGUACAAUAAGCGGCGCCGACGCACACGUGUCUGUGAUGGCUUCGACGGACGACGAUUUAGCAAUUAUUGGAUUAAUAUUCACCCUGAAGGAAAAAAAAGUGAAGCGGAAAAAUCGUAGCAUCUGGUGUAAAGAAUGGCUAAUGAAAAUAAGAGUUCAUUCUCAUGUCAAUUUGUUGGCGGAAUUAAAGCUUUUUCCAAAAGACUGGCAUAAUUUUCUAAGAAUGGAUCACAAUACGUACUUACAUCUAUUGAACUUGGUAGCACCAAUUAUCGAGAAGCAACACACUAUUAUGAGAAAUGCUAUUCCACCCCACGACAGGCUUGUAGCUACUUUGAGGUUUUUAUCAACAGGAAGAAAUUAUGAAGAUUUAAAAUUCUCUAGCAUCAUUUCAUCUCAAGCCUUGGGUCGCAUAAUACCGGAAACCUGUGAAGCAAUAUAUAAGGUUCCGCAAAGAAUAUUUUUACAGUUCCCACGCUCGAAAGAAGAAUGGAAGGAUGUGGCCAAAGUGUUCGAAAAGAGAUGGAACUUUCCGCACUGUCUUGGCGCGAUGGAUGGAAAGCAUAUAGCAAUUUUUCUUCUAUCAACUAUAAAUAUAUCAACUAUAAAAACCAUCAUAGCAUGGUGUUAUUGGCAAUCGUUGAUGGAAAUUAUCGAUUUCUUUUAUUUGUGUAUUCCAACCGAAACAGUUGUCGCAAAUAGCACCAAAAAGUUGCCUUAUGUGUUUGUGGCUGACGAUGCGUUUCCACUUAGAACAGAUUUAACUAAGCCAUUUCGACAAGCAGACUUGACCACAAAUAAAACCAGAAUUCUAAAUUACAAGCAAGGCGCAUUGUCGAAAAUGCGUUUGGGAUCGUGGCAUCUCGAUUUAAAAAUUUACACAAUAAUUAGUCUUGAUCCGAAAAGAAUAGAGUCUGUCGUGAUGGCCAGUUGUGCUUUACAUAAUUAUGUAAUGAAGACUUCAGAAAGUUCUUACUGUCAACAAGAAUGCUUCGACGUAGAAAAUGUUGAUGACGGGUCAAUAACCCAAGGAUAUGAUACAAUGAAUUCAGCGAUAGUUAAUUUGCAACGAAGAAAUCUUGGUAAUACUUCGAUUGCCGCAAAAAAAGUCAGAGAAGAGUACAUGGAAUAUUUUGCAAGUGAAGGCAGCGUUCCGUGGCAAAAUAAUUUUAUACGUUAA